UUGUUUCCCUACCAUCUUCUGAAGCAUAACAACAGAAAAAAACAUGGCUGGAGAAGCACUUCUUGGCGCUGCAUUUGGAGUGCUGCUCGACCGUUUGAGUUCCCCCGAGCUCAUCAAGUUCUUCCGGGGUCGAAAGCAUGACGAAAGUCUCCUCAAGAAGCUGAAGUUGAAAUUGCUUGGACUUAAUAAGGUGCUCAAUGAUGCGGAGGACAAACAGUUCACUGAUCGAGCUGUAAAAGAAUGGCUGGAUGAGCUUAAAGAUGCCGUUUACCAUGCCGAAGACUUAGUGGAUGAGAUUGCUACUGAGGCUUUGCGGUGCAAGGUGGAAGCCGAGUACCAAAGCGGCCCAAACCAGGUACAGUCUCUGAUCUCGUCCUUCACUAAAUUAUUUGACAUUGAGAUAGAGUCCAAGUUAGAGAGGAUGAUUGAUAUAUUAGAAGAUUUCAAGAGAGAAAAAGAUGUACUUGGUUUGAGAGAAGUUGCUGGACAGAACUGUUCCCAAACCAGGUUGCCAACAACUUCUUUGGUGGAUGAAUCCUGUAUUUAUGGACGGGAGAAUGACAAGGAGGAGAUAAUGAAAUUGUUGCUCUCUGAUGGAGAAAGUAGUAAGAAGAUAGAUGUAAUUCCAAUUGUUGGGAUGGGUGGGGUGGGCAAGACCACCCUUGCUCAACUUGUGUACAACGAUGACAGAUUGUAUGGGCACUUUGUUAAGAAAGUAUGGGUAUAUGUCUCUGACGUAUUUGAUGUUUCAAGGGUCACACUGGCAAUUGUUGAGGCAGUCACUGAGAGGGCUUGUGAUACAAAGGACCCAAACUUGGUUGCGGUCAAGCUGAAGGAAUCUUUGAGUGGGAAAAAGUUUCUUAUUGUCUUGGAUGAUGUUUGGAACGAGAACUAUGACAAUUGGAACGCCUUGAGGACUCCUUUCAAAUUUGGAGAACGCGGGAGUAAGAUUAUUGUUACAACGCGCAAUGACGGUGUUGCAUCUAUAAUGCAAACAGUUCCUAUUCAUCGUUUGCAUGAAUUACCAGAGGAAAAUUGUUGGGAGUUGUUUUCCCAACAUGCAUUUGAGAAUGGAGAUUGCAAUGAACAUCCUAACCUUGAAAGGAUUGGUAGGAAAAUAGUUAGAAAAUGUAAAGGCUUGCCUUUAGCUGCAAAAACAUUGGGUGGUCUUUUGCGCUCUCAACGAGAUGUUAAGGAUUGGAAUAAUAUACUGGAAAGUGCCAUAUGGGAAUUAUCGGAGGAGAAGAGUAACAUCCUUUUAGCCUUAAGAUUGAGCUAUCAUUAUCUCCCCUCCCAUUUGAAAAGAUGUUUUGCUUUCUGUUCCAUAUACAUUAAGGAUUAUGAAUUCGACAUGAAGGAAUUAGUCUCAAUUUGGAUAGCACUAGGUUUUUUAAAGAAGCCCAAGAAUAGUAAGACAAUGGAAGAAGAAGGUUAUGAGUGCUUUCACGAAUUGCUUUCAAGGUCAUUUUUUCAAAGAUCAAAUGCUAAUGAUUCUUUGUAUGUCAUGCAUGUUCUUGUUCAUGAUUUAGCUCAAUAUGUGAUGGGAGAUUUCUGUUAUAGGCUAGAGGAUGGCAACCCGCACGGUAUUGCUGAAAAGGUGCGUUAUUUCUCGUUUGUUCAAAGUAGAUUUGGUAGCUUUGAGAAGUUCAAGGAAAUAAAAGAGGCCAAGUGUUUAAGAACUUUCCUACCAUUAAAGCGUAGAGAUAUUGGCGGAGAGCGGUUGAGCGAAAAGGCUGUGGACGAGAUUUUUUCGAGAUUGACACGCUUACGGUUGCUCUCGUUGCCAGGACAUAGGAUUAGUGAAUUGCCUCAUUCAAUUGGCAAUUUGAUACAUCUACGUUUUUUAGACCUCUCCUACAACCGAAUCAAGGAGUUGCCGGAAUCAAUUUGUACAUUGUACAAUUUAGAAACAUUGUUGUUAGUUAGAUGUGAUCUUCUUACAACAUUACCAGCAGAUCUUGUAAAACUGAUUUCAUUGCGUCAUCUUGAUUUAAGCGGAACCAACUUAAAAGAGAUGCCAGUGAAUAUAAGUAAGUUGAAAGAUCUCCAACAAUUACCUGUUUUUGUUGUAGGAAAGUGCGCAGGUCUUAAUGAGUUGGGAGAGUUUUAUUGCCUUCGGGGAACAAUCUCCAUCUCAAGAUUGCAAAAUGUAAAAAAUGGCAACUAUGCAUUGGAAGCAAAGAUGAGUGAGAAAGAGCACCUCGAAAAGCUAGCAUUGGAAUGGGACAGCACUACAGAGGAUCCACAAAUUGCAAGAGAUGUACUUCAAAAACUAAAGCCUCAUACAAACUUGAAGCACCUUGAGAUUAAAAACUAUGGAGGCACAGGAUUUCCUAUUUGGUUAGGAGAUCAAUCGUAUGACAAUAUAGUAUCGUUACGUUUGGUGAAUUGCAAGAAUUGCCUUUCCUUGCCCCCAGUUGGCCAAAUGCCCUCUUUGAAAGAGCUUUCCAUUGCAAGGAUGUCGGGAAUAACAAGCGUGGACCAUGAAUUUUAUGGAAAGAGUAGUUCUUUAAGCAAAUCGUUUCAAUCUCUCCAGACUCUACGUUUUGAGUACAUGUCGAAGUGGGUCGAUUGGCGGAUAUUAGAUGCUGGAGAGUUCCCUCGGCUUCAAAAGCUUGAGUUUAUCGAGUGUCCCAAGCUGAUUGGAGGCUUACCGAAGGUGUCUUCUCUCGUGAGACUUGAGAUAAAGGAAUGCCCAAAGCUUGUGGCUUCACUUCCGAAUACUACUUCUAUACGCGAGCUAGAGUUGAGCGAAUGCCAAGGGAUGCAGUUGCAGUGGCAGCGUGUUUCUUCUGUAGAAAAAUUGCGGAUUUCAAGCUUUUCCAGUUUGAAGAAAUUUCCAAGCGAGGUGGUAGCACUAACAAAUCUGAAGGAGCUGUAUGUAGGGCAGUGUCCAAGGCUAUACAUCUCACCAUCUGAGGAGAUGAGCCAGUGCAGUAUGUUCCUCGAAGAUUUGGCCUUGAAUCAUUGUGAGAGUCUCAAAUCCUUCCCACUAGGUUUAUUCCCAAAGCUUCGAUCUCUACGAAUUUGGUAUUGUGUAAAUUUUGAGACCCUGUUGAUUCCAGACGGGAUUGAGCUCCAAAAUCUGACAUUACUUUCCAUCGGUUAUGCCAAUAAUGUGUUAUCUUUUCCCUGCGGAGGAUUACGUGCUCCAAAUCUGUCUUAUUUAUGUGUCGAGCGUUGCGAGAAACUGAAGGCUCUGCCGGAACAAAUGCACACCCUCCUCCCAUCUAUUCAGUCAUUAGUGUUACGUUGUUGUCCAGAAAUUGAGUCUUUUCCGGAAGGAGGUCUGCCCUCCAAAUUAGGUCUUCUUGAAAUCAAUAAUUGCAAGAAACUUGUUGGUGGCCGAAGAGAUUGGGGUUUGCAAAAACUACCCUCUCUCGCACACUUGGAUCUGUUUGAAUCUGAAGAUGUGUUGGAGUCAUUCCCCGAGGAGGGGCUGCUGCCAUCCACUCUUACAUCUCUCCGUUUCGGAAAUCUGCCGAAUGUCAAAUCACUCAACUUCAGGGGCCUUCAACUUCUUAGCUCUCUCAAAUACAUGCAGAUUUGGAAGUGCCCUCAGCUCCAAUCCUUGCCAGAAGAGGGGCUUCCCACUUCCCUCUCACGGCUGGAAAUUCGGGACUGUUCAUUGCUGAAACAUCGUUGUCGCAGGGAAGAAGGAGAAGACUGGAAUAAGAUUGCUCGCAUCCCUUUUAUAGAAAUCGGCUAAGACUGGCAUAAUAUUGUUCGACAGAGAAAUCGGUGAUGAAGUAAUCAGUGAAUAAGUCUAUCAACGAUGUGCCAUGGAAAACAAAAGCUUCCCACUCAGGCGACGACCACAGCUUUCCAACGUUCUUAUUUGGUUUUCACUUUCCACAAUUUUGAAGUUAGCUUGACUGAUAACAAAUAGCUAGAGGAAUGUACAACUAUGGAGAGAAAGAAGUACCCAAGUCUCUGGCUUUUGAUAACUUUCAGUCACAAGCAGGACAUGCAUCCCUCACCAUUAUUACCAGGAAACAGUACCAUCGCAACAGCAACAGCAAAAGCUGAUCCAACGAAUCCUUAUGGGCGCAAUUACCCAGAGUCAUUGAGCUCUUCACAUCGGAAACGUUAUGGUGCUGCUGCUGCCCUUUAUCAGCCAGCACCACAGUCUCAAAUGUUUCUUCCAUCCCAAGCACCUCAAGUUCAACAGGUAUUUACAUAAUUGGUCUUAAUUCCACUAGCCGACCCCAAGUGAUUGGGACAUAAGGCUCGGUUUGGUUUGGUUUUAAUUCCACCAAGAAGUACAUAAAUGCUCAUACUAAAAGAAAGAUCUCCUAGCCGGAAUUGCAAUUCUCUACUUUGAAGCAUAUACAACUCUUAUAAAUGUUAGCCAGAACGUUUGGCGUUUACGAUGGUAAUAUCAUGAACCUGUUUUUUUAUUUUUUAUUUUUUUAUUUUUUAUUUUUAUGGUAAGCAAUAACAUGAACCUGUUGAUAGUCAACUGUUUCAAUGUUGCAUUGCGGCAUACUGAAAUUUACUCUUUAAUUAUCUUUUCUGGGAACCGGUAACCCCAAUUAUCAAACAGGACCUCCUGGUGGUGGUUCACUUGGCCCUAAUCCAUCUCAAGUAGGUCCGGUUCUAGGGGAUUUAUGUCCAUUACUAGUGCAGGAGUCCAAAGAUCUGGGAUGGGUCCGACACAGCUCUCCAGCUCUACUCAGCCAGCACAAGUUCAACCCACCAUAACUCCUGCAGACCCCCCCACCUACUGUACAGACAGUUGAUACUUCAAAUGUACCUGGUAACGGGGUUUCUUUUCCUUUUGUUUUACGUUUCGUGAUUGUUUUAGUUAGACUCAGGACUUUAGAGGUUUCAAUCCUUCCUUUUUGCAAAUGAUACACUUUCAAACAUGUCAAUGUGUGCCUUUUCAAGACCUAUGAAUGGAACCAGUUAGGUAUAAGUGCUAAAACUAUGUAAUGAUGAAAGGAUAACCUUUAAGAAAGUGCGGUUUGAAAUCUUCAUAUUUUGGAGAAAAUGAAAAAUAUACCAUAAAGAUACUGCCUCGUCUAAUGUGUGUUGCUCAUGUGUGAAAAAUGUGCUUCAGCCCAGCAAAGACCUGUCCUUAUGACCUUGACAAGUCUUUUUACUGAGACAUCAGAAACUUUGGGAGGUUCACGUGCAAAUCCAGUUAAGAAGCGGGAAAUUGAGGGAAUUCAAGGAAAAUAGGUGCCUUGUUUUGCCAAGCUUAAAAGAGGGGGACCUCUCAGAAAAUGCUGCUGGAAAGCUUGUUCAGCUUUGUCGGUCCUUGGACAACGGUGAUUUCGGUACUUCCCUUCAACUCCAGGUGCAACCUACCCCUAGUGACUGGAUGUGCAAUUUCUGGUUAGCAACACUUCAACGAAUGAUCAAGACUUGGCAACUUAUGAGAUGAAUUGGAACUGAAAACUCCACCAAGCAUUAAAAUUGGACUUUGAAAUUCUGUCAUUGUGGUGCUAUGCCCAGGAUCUGAUGCCUUUAAAUAUACAAGAACUCGCAUUGUCUGACAGGUUACCGCAGGCUUAUGGUUCCAAUUUCUUUAAAACCAGUAAACAGAUGGAAGUUCUCAAGACAUUUGUGGACUUUGCUGAUUGUUUCACGGUUAUAUUUUGUAGUGUUUAGAAAUAGUUAUGAACUAGUCAUGAUUUUUUUUGUCCACAGUUCAUACAUUAAGUUGCUUUGGGUGAUUAGCUUC